AUGGGUUUGGUGAGCACCGCCUUCCCACCAGAGGCACUUUUGAAGCUACGCUAUGGCAACCUGGGGAUCUGCCACACUCGCUACUCCACUACGGGCAUGUCGGAGCUGCAGAACUGCCAGCCCUUUGUGGUGGACACGCUGCAUGGCAAGAUAGCUGUUGCGCACAACGGAGAGCUGGUUAAUGCGCACGCCCUACGGAAGAAGGUCAUGCGUCAUGGUGUGGGUCUGUCCACCAGCUCGGACAGUGAGCUCAUCACCCAGCUGCUGGCCUUGACUCCGCCCAUGGAGGAGCUGGACGCCCCCAACUGGGUGGCCAGAAUUAAGAACUUGAUGACCGAGACACCGACGUCCUACUCGUUGUUGAUGAUGUUCAAAGAUGUUAUUUAUGCCGUGCGAGACCCCUAUGGCAAUCGACCCCUCUGCAUUGGACGUGUUGUCCCCGUCUCCAAACUGCACAAGUCAGCUGGCGGUGAAGCAGACACAGAGGGCUGGGUGGUGUCCUCAGAGUCCUGCAGCUUUCAGUCCAUCGGUGCCAAGUAUUACAGGGAGGUCCUUCCAGGAGAGAUCGUCCAGAUAUCACGACAUGGAGUCAAGUCUUUAAGCGUGGUCCCUCGUCGCGAAGGGGACCUUCCUGCCUUCUGUAUAUUUGAAUACGUUUACUUCGCCAGACCAGACUCGAUUUUUGAAGGUCAGAUGGUGUACACCGUCAGACAGCGCUGUGGUCAACAGUUGGCCAUUGAGGCUCCCACAGAUGCAGACGUGGUUAGCACCGUACCAGAGUCGGCCACCCCCGCCGCUCUAGGUUAUGCCCAGCAGUCUGGCCUGCCCUAUAUAGAGGUCCUGUGCAAGAACCGCUAUGUCGGGAGAACGUUCAUCCAGCCCAACACCCGCCUGAGGCAGCUGGGAGUGGCCAAGAAGUUUGGCGCCCUGACGGACAACUUCGCCGGCAAGCGAGUAGUGCUGAUUGACGACUCCAUUGUCAGGGGCAACACCAUCUCCCCAAUCAUUAAACUGCUGAAGGAAGCCGGCGCCACAGAGGUCCACAUCAGAGUGGCCUCUCCACCUAUUAAGUUUCCUUGUUACAUGGGCAUCAACAUUCCCACUAAAGAGGAGCUCAUCGCCAACAAGCCAGAGUUCCAGGACAUUGCUGGUUACAUUGGUGCUGACAGCGUGCAGUAUCUGACAGUGGAAGGUCUGGUGUCAGCGGUGCAGAAGGGGGUGGCCUCCCUGCAGAGCGAUAGGAUGAUCAACUCCACUAAUGACAAGUCAGGCAGCAGAGUGGGUCACUGUACUGCCUGUCUGACUGGGAAGUACCCCGUAGAAUUGGAGUGGUAA